GUGCCUGGUGUAGCAAUGUUUUCAUAUCUUUUUUUGCUGACAUACAGAGCAAUUUCGUACAUACUCCCCAACAGAUUUCCAUAAUCCCUUCCAAUACACAACAGCAGCAAGCCUUUUUUUCCAGUCACAGUAACUCCUAAAUGACCUUCUGAGGAAUCAUUAUAUACUUCAAUUAACUUAGUCCUCAAUUCCAUAGAGUUGCUGGUGACAAAUCCACCCUUCCUUCUCAACUGACUAUUAUGCCAAGUAUAAGAAGAAUGAGAAUUAGGAUCUCUCUGCAAGUCGCAAGUCUGCAAUGAUUUGGACAAGAGCAGCAUCAGUCUGCCAACAAUAUUUAAUAGCUACCAUAAGUUGAUCGGGCAAAAGAUGAACCCUCUUCUAUUCUUCUUUUUCCUCUUCUGCUCUUCUUCUUCCCUGUCCCUGUUUUCAUGCUAGGUUGUGGUUCGGCCACAACACCUGUUUGUUUGGACUGUAUUUAUUAUCAUCUCUAGUGAUUUUAGUUUAUCAUUUUUUACUCCAUUUAAUCCUUAUUGAUUUCCUUCAGUGUGUUUAUGUUAUACUUUUCACAGUCUAAGCUGCACCUUGAUGUGUUUACAUCUGGCUCAAUUGACUAAAUCUCCAAAUCCUAAAGAACUUCUCAUCAGCUGAAAUGAUGGAAUUGAAAGUUCUUAAAGAGGUGCUGCUGCUAAGGUUAUUACCCUGCAUAAUAAAUGCAACACCACCAUAUGGCCUGGAUUCCUAGUAGGAAUUGCAUCGGAUCCAAGUCGAAAACAUGGAGGGUGGUUUCGAGUUAAGACCCGGUGAAUCAGUGAAUGUCACAGCAGAAUAUUAUGCCACUAUUUGGGGGCGUAAUGGGUGCUUAUUUGAUCACUCCGGCCACGGAACAUGUGUUACCGGUGACUGUGGUGGCGUCCUAAGAUGUGCCGAAGCAACCCAGAACAUGAUCCCUGUACUUCCAGUCACAUAUGCUGUGCUAAACUUUUAUAAUGUCCUCCCUGAUUUUUAUGCAGUUAGUGUUGCUAAUGGCUUCAACUUACCAAUGUCUAUAUUGCCUUAUGGGCACCCAGCUGGCGCUGGUCAAUGUAAUGCUUCAAGUUGCUUCACAGACUUGAACCAGAUUUGCCCAAGUGAGCUGCAAGUGAGAUCAAAUGGUUCAAAUGGACAAAUUGUAGUACGUAAAAGUCCUUGCGUUGCAUUUAACAAGCCUGAAUUUUGUUGCCCAAGUGUUGCUCAUUUCCCUGAGGAUCCUCCCACUGAUGAAAGUUGCAAGCCUACAAGAUAUUCAGCGGCAUUCCAGGCUGCUUGCCCUACAGCUCUUGUUCACAGUACUCUUGAUUGGAUGAGAUUUGGGUGCGAUGAUGCUAAUUACUUAAUUAGCUUUUGUUGAAACUUCAUGUGGAUGAUUUUUUCAUAUACA